AUUCCUAUGUUUCCUCUUCUUCCCCUCACCAGAUUUCUUCAUUAUGUGCAUCACGGUGGUGGAUUUUAUACUUCCCUUGCUCCUCACCAACAGAAUAGGCAGAAGCGGCAACUCACUCAGUAUCUUCCGGGUCCUCAAAAUCUGCAAGGCCGUCCGUGCUAUCCGCGCCAUCCGCUUCCUGCUCACCUUCCGAAUGAUGGAGAACCUCCAGGACGUCGCAAGCACUUUUGUGUUGUCCUCCCAGGCCAUCGGAGCCAUUAUUCUGCUCAUGUUCUCUUUCCUUUUCAUGUCUUCCGUGGUGCUGCGUGACAUGUUCAAUGAAGCUGACGAAAAACACUUCGGAGACCUCUUCAACACCAUCUUCACACUUUUCCAGCUCUUCACUUUGGAUGACUGGUCCCUCAUCUACCUUAAAUGUCAAGAAGCAGGUUCCUGGUACAUCAUCAUCUUCCUGAUCAUCUACAUCCUUGUGGAGUACUUCUUGCUUCUCAACCUGGUGAUUGCGGUCCUGGUCGACAACUUCCAGAUGGCUUUGGUGAAGCGUCUAGAGCUCAAGAGGCAAAAGAAGUGGGUCGAACUGAAGGAGAGCAGUGUGGCAGAGGAUGCUUUUGCCAAAGUAGCAGAUAAGCCCCAAGCAAAAGAGGAAAAGGAGGAGGAAUUAUUCAGACGGACGGUCAUGGGAAAAUAUGGCAGCCUCGAGUUGAUGGACAGAGAGUGGGAAUAUCUCUACUUCUACUUCCGACUAAUGACAGCAAUUGAGACAAACCAGCAGCAGUUCCAGUCUCAGGCGUACACCACUGACAAGAUCUUAGACACUUUCUUUGAGACAGCUGAACAUGAUUUCAUUUCCAAAUGAAGAUGUUUGCAUGGUGUUCCCAAACUAGACUUCACCUGCUCCUGGAGGCUUCAGUUAAAGGGUCAACCUAGCUUGACAUUUUAUUGAUUUCUCACUUGUUUUAUACAUUAUGUUAUGUUUAUUAAAUGAAUUUACAUCUCUCUGUUGAGCACAACUAUAUUUGCUGGGUUUGACCUAAAUAAGUUGCAGAAUCUGUUUUGAAUGCUUGACUUUGCCCUUCAGAGGACUGUAGGAAGCUCCUCAAG